AUGAGUAACACGCCUACAAUUACCUUCUCAGAAAGCAAUAAAGGCAAGCGUGUACUUAUCUGUGAUGGUUUUGCUUAUCAUUUAAACAAGUCAUGUGCCAAGGUCAAGUACAGAAGGUGUGAAAACCGUCUCUGCGCUGCUAUUAUUCAUACUGAUAUCAAUGACCAAUUCAAGUUACGAAAAGGUGAUCACUCAAGUCAUUUAUCUUCGCCAGAACACAUUGAACUUCUUAAAUUUAAAUCUAAUAUAAAACAACGUAUAAUUGCCGAAGCUACAACAGUUAGCCGUAUUUACGAUGAGGAAUUAGCCAAAGCUCAAUUAAGUCAAACUGCUCUAAGUAUAGUUCAAUCAGCUCAAGAUACAAAGUCAUCCUUGAAUCGAAUUCGUCGUCGUGAAACUCCUGUUCUACCAAAAUCAUGCCAUUUCGAUAUUCCUACUCUUUAUGCUUAA